AAGUCUGUAACAACAAACCUAAACUAUUAGUCCUGUCAAAGUUGUUGAUCUACAUUCAUCUCUCUAUAUAUUCUGCAUAUGCUCUCUAUUUUUGCAUGGAGAUUCGCGUCCAAUAAGUUUACUCUCGUCUUAACUUUACUCUAACGCUCCUCUCAUCGCCUCCCUCUACUCUCUCUGUCAGCACAUCAUCAAGAUCUUAGUAGAGCAGUUCAGAAAAUGAACGGAAUCAACAUGCUCAAGUUGCUCGCCAGAGGCAAGUCCAAUCUGAUUUACAAGGAAUUGAGGUGCUUAAACUUUGCUUCUCUUUCUGCUACCAGUUGUGUAGGAAGUAAAAGGCUAGAAGGCAAAGUGGCCUUAAUAACCGGAGGUGCCAGUGGAAUUGGCAAGGCAACAGCCCUGGAAUUCCUGCAACAUGGAGCCCAGGUUGUGAUAGCUGACAUUGACACCAAACUCGGUCCACCAGCUGCCACAGAACUGGGCCACGAAGCGCGGUUUAUCCGAUGUGAUGUAGCAAUCGAAUCGGAGGUAGCUGCAGCUGUAGAAUCCACCCUGGCCCUCCACGGCAAACUUGACAUAAUGUACAAUAAUGCUGGCAUUGCAGGCCCAGCCAUUCCACCAGGCAUUGAAAGCCUCGACUUGAAUGAGUUCGACCGUGUCAUGAACAUCAAUGUCCGUGGCAUCAUGGCAGGAAUUAAACACGCGGCUCGUGUAAUGAAACCAGCAGGCUCAGGCUCCAUAUUGUGCACGGCUAGCAUUAGUGGAAUUCUUGGCGGACUUGGCCCGCAUCCUUACACCGUGUCCAAAUUCGCAAUUCCAGGCAUUGUCAAGUCAGUGGCUAGUGAAUUAUGUCAGUAUGGUGUGCGCAUAAACUGCAUUUCUCCGAGUCCGAUCCCAACGCCGCUCGUGAUCGAGCAGAUUUCGCAGUUUUUUCGAGGUGCAACGGAAGAACAAAUCAGGGAAAUAGUGAAUGGAUUUGGGGAAUUGAAGGGAGAAAUAUGUGAAGAAAUAGAUGUGGCCAGGGCUGCAUUGUACUUGGCAUCUGAUGAGGCCAAGUAUGUAACAGGUCAUAACCUUGUAAUAGACGGAGGGUUCACCUGCUUUAAAAAUCUUAAGUUCCCCCAGCCCUGAUCAACAUGUGUAGGUGUACAAACCUUUUGAUGCUACUGUCUCUGCGUGGGUGCAGAUUGCAAAAUUAUACGUGAUGAAAACCGGAUGAAUGUUUAUUAUCUGUG